UGGGAGAAGCUUCUCUAAGCACAGGGUUCCAGGUCACACAAGCAUGUCGACUCAGAUGUUUGAGGGGAGAGGGCAUGCAGCUGUGUACCAGAAGUACCGUUUUGCACCGGGCAAAGACCUGCAGGAAACCAUCCUCACCUACGUGCAGAAGAAGAGAGCAAGCCCUGCUGAGCUGGUGGUGGAUGUUGGCUGUGGGUCUGGACAAGGCACCCACUUCCUUGCAAAGCACUUCAAGAAGGUGGUGGGAACGGACAUCAGUGAAGCACAGAUCCAGGAGGCCAAGGAUGCCCCCUCCAUGCCAAACAUCUCCUACUUGGUGUGCCCUGCAGAGGAGCUGCCAUUUGAGGAUGCUUCGGUGGACAUCUUGACUUCAUUUACAGCUGCACACUGGUUUGAUAUCGAGAAGUUCAUGAAAGAAGCAAACCGAGUGCUUAAGCCAGGUGGUUGUGUGGCCAUCAGCACCUAUACUGUGGACAUGAGUGUUUGUUAUGGGGACUACUCUGAAAAGCUGACCAAGAUCUUCAGGGAGUGCUGGGACACAAUUUUAAAAUACUCACAUAGUAGGAUAAAAUACGUCUUGGAAGACUACAAAACGAUCUUUGAGGCCUUGCCAUUUCCAGACAAGAAGAGAAUCACUGAUAUCUUUGACAACAUCCCCAUGACAGUUGCUGGUGUGAUUGGUUACAUGGAAUCUGCCUCUCCGUAUCAAGUUUUUCUGAAGAACAACCCUGAAGCUGCAAAAUCCCUCCUCCAAGAGACUGAAAAGAGGAUGCUGGAAACAAUGGGAGUUUCUUCUCCUGAAACCCCAGUGGAUUUUCGUGUGAGGCACGUCUGUGUGCUGGGGUGCAAAUGA